GCGGGAACCGCCCCAAUUGGCGACGGCCGGGCAGAACCUCCUAUAUAAGGGGCUAAUUGAACACUUUAAGUUAGUUCAUGUACCUAUUUGACCCUUUAGCCUUUUUUUUUAUGAAAUACGGAGUAUCUUUCUACAUCUAUUAGAGCAUCUGCUCCUGUAACAAAAUGGGAGAAGGCUCAAAAAGGACAUCAAGAUUAUUUACAAAGUUCUUAUUGGACACUUAACUUUUUAUUGGACCAAUUUAACACAUAAACACAUCAUUUGAGCAAUAUAUGGCCACUCACUAACGUCUCCUUUCAAUCCCAACGUCAAGCCAUCAAGAAUCACCGUUUCCACUCCUGAAGCUAAAACGAGACCCAAGGAUUCGCUCCUAUAGAUGUUGAAUCCAUUCACAUCUCCAUUAUGCUCUUUCUGUGAUUCACAAACCCUUGAUUUCUUGCAAUUGCAUUCUUGGAAUAGAUCCAAAUCCUGCUCCUGACUAUUGUCGUUGUUUGAGAAGAAGGUGAAUAUAUCCCCAGCCAUACUCGUUGAGUGUUGACAUCCUCCAUGUAGGUCAACUGGUCAAGAACGCUCAUUCGCCGCCGGUAGAAUGAAUUCACUCGGAUAAUAUUUUCCUUCUGUGAGUUGUAUACUCCGCCCGGAUUCAUCCGGUAAUGGGUGAAAAUCCUCUUAGCACAGAAGAUGACCUUGAUGUCAGAUGUGCUUGUCAAGGCUUGGAUUCAUAUGGAAGAAGUUUAGUAGAUUAGAGGAGCAAAACGCGAUUACCCGAGUGGCGAGCAACUUCCGUCCUGCUGACAGCUUUGGAAAGGUGGCAUAUUUAUACUGCACAGAUCUCAAAGAUGACGGUUUGUUGAGAAGAAUGAAGAAUCCAUGGCUUGAAGGGUUAAAUUCGCCGGAGCCCCACAACCAAAAUCACCUACAUUCUAGCAGACAAGAGCCUGAUAUAUAUGAAACCAAAUUUCUUUUCACAAUUAGAGAGAUGCAUAACAAAAAAAAAGUUACACUCAUGUUGAAUGAUAAAGAUCAGACCAGAAGACGGGGCCGGUAUAGGUGGCCUGGAGCGAGAAGGGGAGACGGAAAAGCUGAUAGGGAAACACCGUUAAACUGGAAUUUUAUUGGGUGGCCAAAAGUUUCCCAAAUAAGUGACUUAUGUAUUUAUUUGAUCCUUUUAAAAGUUGAGUGUCCAAUUUGAACUUGGUGAACCAAGUUGGUGUCAUUUUUGAGUCUUCUCCCGUGACAAAAUCUUGAUUGAGAUGAGUUUGAAAUUCAAUUCAAAAUGCCUUAAAUUUCAUAGGGUUUCUUUUCCCAAAACAAAAAGUCCAAGAAUUUAUCUUAUCUGAAUUCUACAGACCCACAAACUUAUGAGGAGGCCACAGAAGGAUUACAAUGAUGAACACAACCAUGUUCAAUUCAAUCCAACUCAAAAAACCCUUUCUAAUCGUUUCCAAACAACACUCCUCCCUCACUUUCUCCUUCAAUCCCUUACAUUCCCUAUCUUCUAAACCCUCAUUCUUUCCUAAAAGAGCACUUCGAUGGAGCAUCAGAUCCUUCGCCGCGGAGUACGAAAUCGAUAUGGUGAGGAACAAACAAGGGGUUUACACAGCCAAGUCCAAGAAAGUUGUGGUUUUGUGGGACUUAGACAACAAGCCGCCGAGGGGACCGCCGUACCAGGCGGCGGUUGAACUGAAGAGGGUUGCUCAGAAAUUCGGGGAAGUCGUGCACAUGUCAGCCUACGCCAACCGCCACGCUUUCUCCUACCUUCCCCGAUGGGUUGUUGACCAGCGCCGCGAACGGCGGCGCCUGGAUAUUCUCGAGCGUAAGGGGGGUCUGACCCCGCCAGAGCCUUACGUAUGCUCCGUCUGUGGCCGGAAAUGUAAGACCAAUUUAGACCUGAAGAAGCACUUCAAGCAGCUGCACGAGAGAGAGAGGCAGAAGAAGCUGAACCGGAUGACCUCACUGAAAGGGAAAAAGCGGCAGCGGUACAAGGAAAGGUUUAUAGACGGGAACCAGAAGUAUGUUGAGGCUGCUAGGAGCUUGAUAACCCCAAAAGUAGGGUAUGGUCUUGGAUCAGAUCUGAAGCGAGCCGGGGUGUUUGUGAAGACGGUGGCAGAUAAGCCACAGGCGGCGGAUUUAGCAUUGAAACAACAAAUGCAGCAUUCACUGAGCAGAGGGGUUGAUUGGGUCUUCUUGGUUUCGGAUGAUUCUGAUUUUUCUGAGAUGUUGAGGAAGGCUGGGCAGGCGAAUUUGGGGACAGCAGUAGCAGGAGAUUCGGACAGUGCAUUGGGGAGGCAUGCUGAUUUGUGGGUUCCAUGGAUUAGAGUCGAAAAGGGAGAUAUAACUGAGAAUGAUUUGGUGCUAAAAAGAAAGGAGAACUCUUGGGCGUGGAGUAGUAAUCGCAAGGUUUCUGUCAGCCAGUUUGAUGGUGGGGAGGAAGAAGUUAGGGAUGGUCUUGUUGAAAGAAGGCAACUUAGUGACUUGCAAAGUUCAGCUUUUUGUGAAGCAGAUGAUUUAGAUGUUUGGGAAGAGUGUGAUGAUGACUCAAUAUAUGGUUCUGAUGAUGAUGAUGAUCAUGAAGACUUCAUAUAGUUUCGUCCCUAAGUCAGUGGAACAACUUCUGUGAAAAAGACUAAGCUUUGAUGCAAUUCUAUUGUUAACUGAAAUUGGGUCCAAAAGUGUGAGUGAGUGCACCCCUCUUGCUUGAUCAAGACCCUGGACAAAAUUGUAACAAUUGGAUGGUCCAUGCUGAUGCUUACUUCUUGGCACGUUGGAGAGACUCCAGGUAGAUGAUUUGUUUCUGUAAAUCCGUAACUAUGAUGGAUCUGUUGUAUCGCCUAUCACUCAAGAAAUCAUCAAUUUAAGUUUGAUUUUGGCUAUCUUUCUCUUUCGGAAAAGACCAUGCAAUGUUUGCAUCAAUAUGAUUGCUCUGCGC